CAAAGAAAUAGAUCGAUUGAUACUAGCUCAUUAUUGGCGCCUAGUGUAAAUCUUUGUUCUGUUAUCAUUGUUAAAGUUCAAAAUGGAAUGGGAUAGCGAAAAUGCACUGCAGGGGGUUUUCAUAACAGUGAUCGUCUGUCUCGUAUCCAGUGUGCUUUAUUUCAUGUUCAGGAAUACUCUGUUCGCUCAUCGUAAUAGUGUCCAUAAAGAUUCAGAAAACUUUGCACGCAAGAAAAAGAAAAAUGACGUGAAAAAGUCCAAAAAAGUUAAAAAACGGAAAGUCUUAGUUGAUUCCCAGCAAAUUGGAGAAAUAGAAACAGACAAAACUCAAACAUCAGAUGACACAACUGGUGAAGAGGAUGAACAUUUAUUAGAUAUGCCUCUUGAUGAUCAAUCAUCAAAUAGCAGUGGGCGAUCAGUUGAACGACCUAUCCAACCAGUAAAAUAUGAAGUAGAAAGUUAUGCUAAAGGCGAUUCGGAACCUAUUAAUACUUCCGCUGAUAAGUCUGAACGAUCAUAUGUCGAAAGUUCUAAUUUAGAUUUCUUACAAACUACAUUAAAUAGAAGCCAGAGUGAUGACUCCGAUUCAAUCGUUUCUCCAAGUUCUUCAGAACACAAUGCAACCACAAGUAUUCUCUCUCCUGUAAAUGAAUCAAAAGCUUCUCUUGUUAAGUCUAAGAAGUCAAAGCGUCGUGCAGGCAAACGUCCAGUCAGAUGUGGGGAUUCGUAUAAAGAAGCUGCUAUAUUUGUUGAACCUAAUAACAUGGAAUUUUCUUCAAAAUCGCCAGAGACAUCAAAAACUGACUGUACUAAACCAUACAAAGCGGAUGAAAAACAGGAAUCCUUAAGUGACUCCACAUCAACAAUGAAGUUGCUUAUUAAAGAAUUAGAAGGACGAUUGAAGAUUAGUGAAACCAAAUUGACAGAAACCUCCCAGUGGGCAAAUUCUCUUGCUGAAGAAAACAAGCAUUUUCGUACCAAGAAAGACGAAACUUCUCUAAGUCUAAAUGUACUGCAAAUGCAAUACAAUGAACUUCUAAGAACGAAUAAAACACUUGAACAGCAGAAAAACUCACUCAAUGUAAAGCUAAAAAAUACUGAAACUGAAAACUGUGAUUUACACAAACGUCUAGACCAGAUAAAUGCAGAUGCUUUAAAGAUAAAAAAAGAGGCUGAGUUGGAAUUGUGUAGUUUACGAGAAAAGUUAAACAAACAAGAAACUCAAUUGACUGCAAUGGCUAAAGCUAUGACUGCAUCUGCUCCAUCGAUUCCUACUGGUCCUAUACCAGAAAUUGUUCGUGCUCAGGAAUUAGCACAAGUUGUAUCAAAUGACAACUGCAUUUUGAAAUCACGUAUUGAACAAUUGGAUUCAGAAUUGACUCAAUUACGUCAAACAAAUAUGAGACAACAACAAGAUUUACAGGUUUUCCGAGCUGAAAAUCAUAAAUUACGCUCAGAAAAAGAAACUGCUUUAGAAGAAUUACGUGUUAAACGGCAAGCAGAACAAGUAGAAAAUGAUGCUGCACAUAUGGAGUUAAAACGUCGGUGUCAUGAACUAGAAUUGGAGAAACAAAAAAAUCAGGAAUUGUCUAUUUCUUUGUCCGAAGUAAGAGCUGAACUAUCAAGAAGUUUACAACAAGAAAAACGUCAAUCUGAAAUUAUUAGUAGUCUUGAAUAUCAAUUUGCUGAAUUGAAUGCCCAAAAACAAUGUAUACUUGAUAAUGCAAAUCAAUCGAAAUUAGCUUAUGAAGCAGCAUCAAGUGAAUUAAGAGCACAAGUAGCAAAUUUAUCCAAUGAUUUAAUUCAUGUUACAAAUGAAUUAAAUAAUGCUGAACAAAAAGUUCAUGAAUUAACAUAUCAAUUGGAAUCAGUCACAAAAUCAUUUCAUAAUGGUAAUAAUAUGAAUGAUGAUAAUGACGAUGAUGAUGAUGAUUUAAAUACUGAACCAAUUAUAAUUAGUAUUAAAUCUAAUGAAAUAUGUAUUGAUAAACAAGAUGAACAGCAACAACAACAACAUCACACUAAUCACAAUGAAGAUAAUAAUAAUAAUAAUAAUCAUGAUAAAAUUUAUGAAGAUCUACGCAAUCGAUUAUCCGAAGUGGAAACAAACUUGAAUAUUUCUGAAAAAGAACGUACCACAUUUUAUGAUCUUUAUCAAUCUGCCCUAAAUGAAAUAGAUUAUUACAAGUCAACUUUGAUACAAACGGAAGAAGUCUUAGCCAAACUAGAAGAAUCUGUUAAACAGACAGAAGGGAAAUGGCGUCAACUUUUAUCAGAAAGUGAAUCAGAACAGAUUCAACUUCGUAAACAAUUAUCAGAAUCCCAAUCAAUGUUGAAAGAUAUUACAGAAAAAUUGAAUAGAACCGAUGAAGAAGUAUCUGUAUUGAAAACUAAUAAUGCAGAAAAGAAACAGAAAAAGUCGAAAACACGUAAACCAGCAGAUACAUCGAAUCUGUUUUCAGUAGUUGAAGAGAAUAAAGGAAAUGCUUCAGAAAAUAUUCAACCCAUCAAUUAGAUAAUACAGAUAACUUUUCAUGACCAAAGAAAAAAAAAGAGCAUUCUUAUCAAGUAGUUGAGCAUUUCAAAACUCCAUGAUAAUUUCAUGACCAUUGACACAUUUGCCUACUUUUUAUUAUUAUAUUAGUUUACGCUACAUAUAUAUAUUAAUAUCGACAUACUUCAAUGCGGUUGUGUGUAUGUGUGUAGCUCUUUGCAUUGUUUCCUUUCCUUCGUUACUUCUCUUGAAAUACUUUUGUCGUUUGUGUUCUCUCUCUUUAUCUCUUGUCACUUUCAUGUGUUAUUGCAAUUUUUUCAGGUCAGUAUUGUUUAUUUUGGCGUUUUUUCUCAUUAAUAAUAUCAUUUCAUAAAA